AUGGGCUGUUGGACCCACUCGAGGCCGACGCAUUCAACGGGGAAACCAUGUCCAAGGCCUACGGAUUCAGCCUGUACCCACCGGAAAACUUCUUCACCGAACGUCUUCCUCCAGAACGCGAAUCCGUACAAGUACCAGAUCACCAAGUUCCUCUACGCUACCUCGGAGUUCACGCUGGGAGACUGGAUCGUCGCCGGACAGUCGGCCUGGCUGGGGUACGUGGCGGUGAGCACGGAGGAAGGGAAGUCGGUUUUGAGGAGGAGGUUCCAGGAUGCGAAUUUCCCAGCUGUUCCGGUCGGCCAAGUUUAUGGGACUACCCAUAAUCCCAAGGCCCAUCAAGGGUUCUUUAGCGUUUAUGCUCAUAAGAACCCCGAUUCUAUCUACAACAAGAACAUUGCCCGGGAACAGGAAACGAGCAUAACCGUGGUGGGCCACAGCUUGGGCGCCUCGCUUGCAACCCUAAACGCUGCCGACAUCGUGGCCAACAACUACCACAAACCAACUGGUUCGACUGCUGGUUGCUUGGUCACGGCCUUCUACAACAUGUUCAACGCUCUGACGGACCUGCGACUCCUCCGGAUCAUGAACCUCCCCGACCCCGUCCCUAACCUCCCACCCAAGCUACUCGGAUUCUUUGAGGUUGGGAAUGAGCUUCAAAUCUUGGUUUCAUCCUCUUACUUGAAGUUAUUUCUCAACCCCCAUAGCCUGGAGCUCUAUAUGCAUGGAGUAGCGGGAUACAAUGGAAUCGAACCAUUUAAGUUCGUAGUGCAGCGAGAUAUUGCAUUGCUAAACAAAGAAGACGAUCAUCUCAAAGAAGAAUACUAUGUGCCACCAAAAUGGAGAAGCAUGAGGAACAAGGCUAUGUAUCAGUCGGACGAUGGGUCGUGGAAGUUGCAUGACUACCUGCCUCCUCCUCCGGAAACUGUUGGCCUUCUGUGA